AUGCGUUUGCCAUUCAUAUUACUCCUAGUCUACUUGCCCCCUUCACUCUCUGUGUAUACUAAGUUUACUCAAAUUGUUCCUUUUAUGGCGUUAUCUGGUGAUUUUUCUGCUAAAAACUUCUCCCGGAAGCGUAAAAAUGUCACUAAACAUUCAUCUGUGGGAGAUUCCACCAUUCAAUCUACAAAUAACGAAUUGUUUAAAAUUAGUAACGGAAUUAAUGCACCAAAGACUAAAUAUGCGAUGUAUUUAGGUUACCUAGGGACUGGUUAUUAUGGAUUUCAAAAACAGAUCGCAUUUGGAGAUAGAGUAGAGGAAACUGUAGAGACCAUUGAAGGGACACUCGAAAGGGCUUUAAUAGCUUCCAAUGCUAUAUACCCAGAGUUUAAACAUAGACUUCAGAAACUUGGGUGGUCGAAGGCUGCUAGGACUGAUAAGGGUGUUCAUGCUGCCUGUAUGGUAGUGGGCUGUAGAAUGAAUAUUGCUGAUGAUUUUUUAAAAAUUUUCAAUGAAAAUUUGCCAGGAAAUAUUAUAUGUUAUGAUGUCCUUAGGGUAACCAAGGGUUUUGACGCAAGAGCAUUAUGUUCAUAUCGCAACUAUGAAUAUAUAUUUCCAGGUUACUUGCUUGGAAAAUUUGAAAUACCCCCGCAACACUUAACUUUUUAUCAAUCAUGUUGUGAAAUGGUGGAUAGAUGUGCAAAGUGUCCCAAAACAUCUUGCUACAAUCGUUCACAAGAUAAUUUUGUAUUCAGCAAUCCUGAUAAAAUAUCUUCUACCUCAGAUACUAACUACCAAGUAACCGAACAAGAUAUCGUUUCAUUGGAAACAAUAUUUGGUGACUAUGUUGGUUCUCACAACUUCCACAACUUUAGCUCCCGAAUUAAUCCACUCAAUCCCGCUUCCUACCGUUACAUAAACUCAAUUAAAGUAUCAAGGGUUGAAUGUAUGGAAAAUUUCGUAAGAGUGUCUAUACAAGGCCAAUCAUUCCUAUUUAAUCAAAUACGGAAGAUGAUAGCAGUUGCUAUUGAGGUUUUUAGGGGUAGUGCUCCAAAAAAUGCCAUAAAAUACUGUCUAAAUAAGUUGCAUUCUGUUAAUGUUAAUACGGCGCCAGCACAAGGUUUAUUUCUUCAUCACCCCAACUUUGACACAUAUAAUUUUCAUAGAGCCUCCCCGCCACAGACAAAACAUAUUCUAUUUGAAGAUGUCAAAGAACAGGCUAUGCAGUUUAUAAAGCAGAGGAUAUACCCUGAAAUUCUCAAAUACGACAAGUGGCAUGAAUGGUUGGAGACUAUCAAUGAAUAUCCUUUUUAUUGGGAGAAUCAUGCGCACAAACUUGUCAAAGUAUCUAACAGUGAUGGCGAAAUAGAUACAAAUGAUCAAGAAACAACUCUAACUAAUGCAAUGACAGAUGGAGUUAUAAACGGAGUGUCUAAUGAUAUGAUUGACCAAAUGUGA